AUGAAGCUUGUCGAUCCCUUCACCCUGGAAUUGCCUCCGACUGGCGACGUCCCGAGAGGCGAGUUACACACGCUGCUGCCGUCGAUUGACUCUUCGUCAUGCGCUUCUUACCUGCACGACCACGAGAGGAAUCACGAAGAAGAGGGCCGAGAAACUUCGUCUGCUGCAGUGGUGGUGCCGGCUCGCGUCUUCUUUCCUCUCACGCCGGAUCCGACAAGGGGUUACUUGGACACUAAGGAACUCAGUGCCGCUCCAGCCCGACCAGAGCGAAAGUCCACGGCCUCACACACUGAUGACGGGACUCCGACUGUGGAUAAGAAGGCGAAGCGCUGUAGAAGCCAGAAGGGAAAGAGAGGGGCCUCAGAAUGUGAAGCAGAGGAAGAGAGAUGCGGGGACGUUUCCACGGAGCUGGUGCUGCGCUAUGACCCUUACAAGAUCAAGAAGACGCUUACGAAGAGCGAUCUUGGCCACCUGUCGAGGCUCUUGAUCCCGCGGGCGGGCGUGGCGACCUACGUGCUCCCGUGCAUGGAUGAAGAGAGAGCGAGGCGAGUCAAGAGCAGCGAGGGUGCCGAGGUCGUGGUGUGGGACGCGGACACGCGCUCCGAGCACCAACUGGUGUUUGCUUACUGGGCAUCGUCGGGGUCCUACGUCCUGAAGGGGUGUUGGAUGAAGGAGUUCGUGCAGCGGAGGGGGUUGGCUGAAGGCGAUGAAAUCGGGAUACAUUGGGAUCCUAUUGCUAGCAAGUUCGAUUUCAGCCUUCUUCACAAGGCGAAUUAA